GAUACGCUCCUCUUAUCCCUUGUGCUACAGACUCGGAGAUUUCCAAACCCUAACCCUAGCCUUAGAUUUCCAGAUCCAUCGUCGCUCAGUUCUUAGUAUGGGAGACACUAGAGACAACGAAGCCUACGAGGAGGAACUUUUGGACUACGAGGAAGAAGACGAGAAAGUCCCCGAUUCUGCUGGAAACAAAGCCAAUGGCGAGAAUGGCAAAAAAGGUUAUGUGGGAAUACACAGUUCAGGAUUCAGAGACUUCCUUUUAAAACCUGAGCUUCUCCGAGCUAUUGUUGACUCAGGGUUUGAACAUCCUUCUGAAGUGCAACAUGAAUGCAUCCCUCAAGCUAUCCUGGGAAUGGAUGUUAUUUGUCAAGCUAAAUCUGGUAUGGGAAAGACUGCGGUAUUUGUUCUCUCUACUCUUCAGCAGAUAGAACCAUCCCCUGGUCAGGUUGCUGCCCUUGUUCUGUGUCAUACGAGGGAGUUAGCUUACCAGAUCUGCCAUGAGUUUGAGCGG